AUGUCGGAGGAGUUAAAAAAGGAAGUAAUUUAUUUGACAGGUUGUGUUAAAAUGAAUUUAUACGAUGGCAAUGAAGAUGAAGCAGUUAAAAUAUUGGACGAUAUAAUAAACAAAUUAUCACCUGUUAAUCACGAAGAUAAAAUGAUAAAAAAUGUUCUUCUUGUAUCAUAUAUUGAACGUAUUGAAUUACUGUACAAAAAAGAAAAAUAUGAAGCAUAUGGAAUAAAUAGUACGAAUAAAUGUUGGGAUACAUUACAUUAUACUGUUAUUCUAUUAUGUUCGACUCCUGAUACUUAUCUUUUUAUUGAUCAAUUUCAUUUUACUACUCGUGUACAUCAAUUCAUUGCUGAUGCUAUACGUAAAUUUCUUAUAAAAUGGAAAGGACCCUUUAGAUUUCAUCGUUCUAUUUUUUCUGUAUAA